CCGGGAAUGCCGAGAGGAGGGCAGCAAAGGCAGCCAGCCUAGCAGCCGAGCGUGCCCUGACAGGUCGGGCCACAACAGGUUUGGGCUGCAGUGCGGGCGGCCGUCAGCCUCGCCUGCCCCGGCGUUCGGAGGCGGCGGAGGUGGGAGGCGUCGAGGGGCCUUGGGACGCCUCCCGGGACAGCCCAGACCAGCGCCAGCAGUGCGGGUCCCGGGGGGCGGGGGCCAUGGAGACCCUACGCCGCAGCCUGUCCCGCUGGAAGCGCUACCACAUCCAGGUGCACGUGUCUGAGGAGGAUCUGCUGCUGCCGCUGACGGUGCGGCCGGCGGACACCGUGAGCGACCUGCGAGCCCAGCUCGUGCGCCAGGGGGUCUCGUCCUGGAAGAAGGCUUUCUACUAUAACGCCAAGCGGCUGGGCGAGCAGGACACCCUCCGCGAGGUCAACGUGCAGAACGGCUCUGUCCUGCUGCUCGUCAGUGACUCCAGGGAGCAGCGAACUGCCCUAAAGACGAUGGUUGAGUGGGUCUGACCAAGAUAACUGCCACCUUUCCAGAAGCAGCCAUGAGACUGACACAGACCUGGGCACACAGGAAAUCUUAGAAUGAAGUGAUUCUGAGGAGUAGAAGGCUACAAACCAUCAUGGGAAAAAAGUGUUGGACUUGCAAUUAAAGACGUGGAUUUAAGUCUCAGCUUUCCUGUUGUUAACUGUAUAAUCCUGUUUUUUUUAUUUAUUUGUUUGUUUUAAUCUUUUAUUAUCAUCACCAUCCAGCUUUCUGUGCCAUGUUAUGUGCCCACCCAAAGAUCAGCUCUUCUAAAGAGCUCCUACAUAAUAUUUCUUUCAUGUUUCAAGAGGUGAAAAUGACCAUACAAGGUUAAGUACAAAAAUACAUAAGAUAGUGUUCACAAAAUAGCCCUAUGGGAGAUCUGGCCCCACCUGCAGCUUUAUAUUUGUUUGAGAAGUAGGACUGGUUAAACUAAAAAAUGUGGUCCUUCUGUACUUCUGGCAGGCUUAAUGGAAGUGACCUUAACCUGGCUUACAGCUCUAACGCCACUCUCACUGAUCUGGUAUUUACCAAAAAAAUAAAAAAAAUGUAUUUUCCAAUAAAUUGAAGUCAGUGCAACAUCCGUGCAAGCUAGAAUGCCGGCUGUUUGGCAAAGAGGGACCUGACAGCAGAGCAAGAAUGUCACUGAGUGCCAAAGCUUAAGAUGAUAUUCUUUCAAACUGCAUAUUUUCCUGCCCCAAUUCCCAUUGCUCUUUGCGUGGGGCUUUGUGGUCUUGCUGCCUCCUUCUGAGCAUCCAGAUUUCGAAAUCCUUCUUCCUGUGGCUUAUGAAUUUUCUAACUUUCUUUCUUGAUGGAACUACCACCAUUCAUCCUCACUGUUUAAAAACAUCUUUUUUUUUUUUUAAUGAAGCCCUUACUUUCUGACUUAGUAACAGACAGAAGGAUAAGGGCUAGGCAAAUGGAAUUCAGUGACUUGCUCAGGGUCACAUUGCCAGGAAGUGUCUGAGGCUAGAUUUGAAUCCAGCUCCUCUUGACUUCAGGCCUGACUUUCUAUCCACUGAAUCACCUAGCUACCCAACCAUCAUCCUUAAUACUCAUUAAUUUUCUGAAUUUGACAUUUUGGUCCUACUUCCCCUAAAUUCAUUCCCCCCUCCCCCAAAUUUCAGUGGACUGUGACUUAUCCCUUUCUUUUUUGCCUCACCAAACAUUUCCCUUUUUCUGCACAGCAAAUUUCAGUGGAUUCACAGCUGCUGGCGUAUAUAACAGUUAGGUACAGCUCUCUCCAUCUCUGCCAGUGCUUUGGCCCGUUGUGUGGCCAUUUGAACUGCCAUAGCUGUCUGAGGAGUGACUCGUGCUCCAGAUGUCAGAAGGGCAGCAGACCCUCCAGUGGCUACAGCUGCUAUUUCUUGCUCCCUGUUUUCCAAUUAUUUCUUUUUCUCUCAAUUCUUGGGAUUUCUUUGUUUUUAAUUUUUUCCCCUAGCCUUCAAGCUAAUGCUUCUUGUGCAUAUCCAUUACUGUGUUUCACCCUCUAAAAGGAGAUAGCCUGAGAGUCCAUUUAAACUUGGGCUAGGGGCAGCUAAGUGGCUCAGUGGAAUGAGAGCCAGGCCCAGAGACAGGAGGUCCUGGGUUCAAAUGUGGUCUCAGACACUUCCUAGCUGUGUGACCCUGGACAAGUCACUUAACCCCCAUUGCCUAGCCCUUACCACUCUUCUGCCUUGAAACCAAUAUCCUGUACAGAUUCUAAGACAGAAGGUAAGGGCUUUAAAAAGAUAAAAUAAACUUAAGUUAAAUCUUUGUGGUUUUUCAAUUCUUUCUGCUCCCAGUUCUAUGCCCAUGUCUUGACUAUGAUCAAGACCUAACCCAGUGUUUUCUCCCCUGCCCUUGGAUCUUGACUUCUUUAGCUCUGCUUCUGCUAAGAGGAUGCCUUUCAUGAGACCUAAUCUUGAAUGACUUGUUUCUUUAAUGCCUUUCUUUCUGCUUGUGUCUGUCCUCACCAUUUUCAGAUGGAUUUAAUCUCUUUCCUUCCAGAAGAAAGUUCUUUGUUAUUACAGUCCUCAGAUUUGUGUUUCCCUGUGGACUUGGCUUGAGGUUCCUGUUUCCUUCCCUCUCUAUGUUGGCUCUGGCUUCUGUCUUCUCUUAUCUGACUUCCAUUUUCUUUCUCUUGACCUUGAUUGUGAUCUUGAA